UAAAAAGAAUUAUAUAAAAAAAAUUUUAAGUUCAUCGAGAUUUAACAUUCAAGAUUAUUCAAAAAUGACUGGUUCUGGUUCUCCAUGCGGUGCUUGCAAAUUCUUGAGAAGAAAAUGCGUUAGAGGUUGUGUUUUUGCUCCUUAUUUUUGCCAUGAACAAGGUGCUACACAUUUUGCAGCCAUUCAUAAGGUUUUUGGUGCAAGUAAUGUCUCAAAGUUGCUUGCUCAUCUUCCUGUUAGUGAUAGAUGUGAAGCUGCUGUUACAAUUUCUUAUGAAGCUCAAGCUAGGCUUCAAGAUCCCAUUUAUGGCUGUGUUUCACAUAUUUUUGCUCUUCAACAGCAGGUUAUGACUCUACAAGCACAACUUGCUUGUCUUAAAGAACAAGCAGCUCAAACCGUGCUUAACGGCUCUGCAACAGCAAACCCUAAUAAUGCACAAGAUCUUCAAAGCUGGUUUCAGUCAGAGAAUUCAUCAAACAUGUUGCCACAAUUAAUCAAUCCAAGUAGUUUCAAUGGAAGUACUACACAAUAUUGUGAAAAUGGGUUGGUGGAUCCAUUUUCUAUGGGAAAUUAUGGGAAUUCUUCAACAACUAGUACCUCAUUUGAUAGCUUUGAAGAGGCUUCUUCCUUUGACAACAUGCAAAAAACAGAAAAUUACAGGCAAUGGAGUUAUCAAGAUUCUGAUGAUCUUCGGUCCGUCGCCUUUGGCUAUAUUCAGUGAUAGAUAAAGAGAGUGAGGCCUUUGUGUGGGAGGUGAUGAAGACAGAUUUUUUACUGUCAAAUUUUUGAAUUACUAGUAGUUAGUUGUUGUUGCAUACUUUGAAACAUGCACUUUUGUUGCUAUAAAUAAAAGAAA